UGUCAAUGGUGCGUUCAGACAGCGACGAGAGGGGGAGACAGAUCCUCGGCGAGAGACGGACAAUCGCGUAGAAGCUACUCAGGGACAACCAGCAAGCGAGAUCAGCCGAAGGAAAAAAGGAAAUUUUGGGGUAUGAGAGCCGCCAGAAUCCGCUCCCAUCCUUCUCUUCCCACGGCCCAGUCUGACUGACAACCAUCGGAUCAGCACCGCCGCGGAACCAGCUCUCAGUAAAACCCUGUAUCGGUGAGUUCGCAGGCAGAGGCCAUGGAGUUGAGGGUGGGGAAUAAGUACCGGCUGGGGAGGAAGAUCGGGAGCGGCUCUUUUGGAGACAUUUACCUGGGUGCCAACAUUGCGACGGGGGAGGAGGUGGCCAUCAAGCUGGAAUGCGUGAAGACCAAACACCCGCAGUUGCACAUCGAGAGCAAGUUUUACAAGAUGAUGCAGGGAGGAGUGGGCAUCCCCUCAAUAAAGUGGUGUGGGGCGGAGGGGGACUACAAUGUGAUGGUGAUGGAGUUGCUGGGCCCCAGUCUCGAGGACCUCUUCAAUUUCUGCUCCCGCAAGUUCAGUUUGAAGACCGUACUCCUGCUGGCUGAUCAGAUGAUCAGCCGCAUCGAGUACAUCCACUCUAAGAACUUCAUCCACCGCGACGUCAAGCCAGACAAUUUCCUAAUGGGCCUGGGCAAGAAGGGCAACCUGGUGUACAUCAUUGACUUUGGGCUGGCUAAGAAGUACCGCGAUGCCCGCACCCACCAGCACAUCCCCUACAGGGAGAACAAGAACCUGACGGGCACUGCCCGCUACGCCUCUAUCAACACCCACCUGGGCAUCGAGCAAUCGAGGCGUGACGACCUGGAGUCUCUGGGCUAUGUGCUGAUGUACUUCAACCUGGGCUCACUGCCCUGGCAGGGCCUCAAAGCCGCCACCAAGAGGCAGAAGUACGAGAGGAUCAGCGAGAAGAAGAUGUCCACUCCCAUCGAGGUGCUCUGUAAAGGCUACCCCUCCGAGUUCUCCACCUACCUGAAUUUCUGUCGCUCGUUGCGUUUCGACGACAAGCCAGACUACUCAUACCUGCGCCAGCUUUUCAGAAACCUCUUCCACAGACAGGGCUUCUCCUACGACUAUGUGUUCGACUGGAACAUGCUCAAAUUCGGCGCGAGCAGGACGGCAGAAGAUGGUGAGAGGGAGCGGAGGGGCGGGGAGGAGAGGGAUGAGCGGAUUGUGGGUGGCCCUCGCGGGUCGGCGGCUCGCGCCCUGCCGCCCGGCCCCAACCCCCCAGCCCCAAACAGGGUCAGGAAUGGCCCGGAGCCAGCCAUCUCCACCCCUGCCUCGCGGGUACAGCAGUCGGGGAACACAUCUCCUCGGGCCAUCUCUCGCGCGGAGCGGGAGAGGAAGGUGAGCAUGAGGCUGCACCGCGGCGCCCCCGCCAACGUUUCCUCCUCCGACCUCACCGCCCGCCACGACCAGUCCCGCAUCUCCACGUCACAGGUUAGCAUGCCAUUUGAGCACCUGGGCAAGUGAGCCCUGCCGCUCCUCUCUCUCACCCUCUGGACACAAACAGUGUCGCCACCAUCGCAGGGCUUCAAGAAACAACCUCCCCCCCUCCAGAUUUCUUUUUGUUUAAAAAAAAAAAAAAUGCCAAUGGGACAAAGAAACGCAAGACUGAGAGAAAGGAAUAAGGUACAGAUACAGUGAAGGAAGGAUGAAAAGUUGUUCUCUGACCAAGAGCAAAGGGGGUUUGCCCUCCAUCGUGAUCCGACAGCCCUCGUCUUAAAGACAAGAGUGACGUCUGAGGAAUAAAGGUCUUUGCCCACCUUCAAGUCACAGAGUAACUGGAACUUCCUGCCCCCCCCUACUCUUGUCCACCUGUUGUGGUUUUAGAUGACAUGACACUGGGGGUGUCGGCAUGACCAAUUAAGUUCCAUUUGCUAAACACAGAACGCAACCCUGAACACAUGCAAACACCAGUAUAAAAGUGCAAAUUCAGAUUUAAUCAAGCCUUGAUUUAGCAGCUUGUUUACAUAUACAUUUGGAAGUACGGUAUUACAAAGGACAGUUGUGGAUUAAAAAAAAAAUUCCACAUACAUAUACCUGUAUUUUACGAUGCUUCUUUUCAUGUAUAAAUGUAUCCGUAUGAAAAAGAAGUAAAUACACAAUUCGUGGUGUACGGAUAUGGUCGUACAAAGGACACUCUUACAAAUCUCAACACAGAUGUUGCUUUCUGUGGGCUUGUAAAGACUUAAAUUUCUUUUUAUAUAUUUUUUUAUUUGCAAGAGCAAAGUGAGUUGGAGAGAGUGUGAGUAACGGAGAGAGAUGGACGGAAACGGAAAAGGAAAUGAGAAAAGAGGGAGUGACGUAAGUGAAUAUGAGCCGUUUAGCAGUGAGUGUCGUUGGGGAGGACUGUCAGAUGUGAACCUUUCCUGUCUUUUACCAAUGUCUUACUGAAAUAUCUGUUAGUUGCUUUUUGUGCAUUUGGUUUUAGCGAUGUGUACCAGGCAGGCAGUGACCACAGGCAGAAGUAAUGACCAAGAAUCAGUCAGGAGAGAGAGAGAGAUGGAGAAUAAGAGGCAUGGAUGUGUACCCUCCCCUUUUGGUUUUUCCCCCCUCUCUCUCUCAGUUGGAGCAUUCCUGGGUUUUAAUAAUAGAUAGAAAGGAGGGAAUUAAUGUACACAUUUUAAAUUUUAACAGAACUGAAACAAAGUUCAGUACCACAUCACUCCAGGACUGGGUUUGUGUUUUUGAACCCUGGUUUUUCAUAAAAUAUUUAUUAACAGAAGCUGAAAUGUACCAUUCUGCCUAUGAUCAUGGUUAUAAUAUGUUUGAAUGUCUUGAUUUUAUCAUUUGAAUUCUGGAUUUUUCUUUGGUUGGGCUGGGGGAAUGCUGGGGAAGGGGUGUGCUGACAUUGGUGUGGAGGAUGGGGCAUGAUGUGGAAAGGAUUUUUUUUUUUUUAACAUCACUGUAAAUAUUUUUUUUCCUGUGUAAAGCCAAAAUGUGGUUGGUUGUAUCAGGUGUUAUGUAGAAAAGGAAAUUACAUAAUGUUUUUUUUUUUUUGGUCUUUUUUUUGGGAUGGGGUGGGGUGGGAUCAGGGCAGAUGAAGUAAGUUUAAAAAAAUUGAAUGAAUAGGUGGUUAGCUGUAGUUAAACUGCCAGCUGGGUCCAAGAGUUACCUAUUCCUUUCCCCCUUAUGUUAAAAAAAACAUUUUCUACAGUAACACUAAUCUACACCCUCUGGAUUAAUCGUACAUCUUAUACAAAGUUUGUACACCUGCAAUGACACUUUAUCCUAACAUUCUUGUCAAAUUUACAGUGGUUUACUUAUUCAGUGCAGAAAAGCCUUAAAAUCCUCUUAAAGUCACCCUUGGUGUUUAGAGAGGAAAACAAAAUGUAAGCAUGAUUAUCUCACUCUGAAACCUGAGACUGGUUCCCACCUUUCGUAAUAUUCCAUCAUAACAACAGCUGUUUCUUCCUUAGCUUUGACGGUUUUUUCUUUUUUCUUUUUUCAAUUUAAUUUUUCAGUCUCUCAGCACCGUAAUCAUUUCUUGGAUAUUUGUAUUUGUCCCGGUUAACCUUGCAUGAUGUUUACAAACAUGCUUUGUUUUCUCCGGUCCUGGCUGAUGAAAUCCUAUUUAUUAACUCCUGUGUGUAUUUUUAUCUCUGGGGUUACUUGUAAUUAGUUUUUUUUUUUUCCUGUUCUGUGUUCAGUUACUACUGAUUUUAUUCCUAGUGGCAAGUGUCAAUCACCAGUACUUCUGUUCUUACAGCAGUAUUGACUCUUAAACAUGGAUCUAGAUUGACCCGAGGGUUUUCAGUAAGGGGGCUGAGGAGGGUAACUCUAGUAAUGGGGAAUUUUGUUGGCUCUUAGUAAGUCAUCAAACUCUAACCUGUUUUAGUGCACCAAACUGGGUGAUAUCACUGAUUGUGGAAACACCCUCUUCUCAUAUUUUUUUUAAUUAUUAUUAUUAUUAUUAAAGCGACUCAGUGGCAGUGUAACACUAAUUUAGGGAGGGUUGUGGUUGAAGUGGGUGGGUUUUGGGGACUCACUUUAUGUAUUGUGUACUGAUAUCUUGUACAGUUCUUUAACACACUUUAACUUUAUUUACACCAGUAUUUGUGUAUAUUUUAUGAAGUAAUGAUAAUAAAAGGAUCCACACACCGUGCAUUGUUGUCUGGUGGACUGUCUGUUUUCUGCCCCUCUGUUUCCACAGCUCUCUUCAGUCAAUGGAUAGCCCUUAUUUGUCUUGUAUGCAUACAUCUUGUU